CUUGGUGCAGGCCCAACGCUGGCAACAAAGGCUCAAUCAAGUGCUUUCAUCCGUAAUUCUUAACGUCAAGUCUUGAACUCUGCCAUGGAGAGGGAAACAGGAGAAUAACAGAGGCAUGUGUCAGCUUGAGGUCCGACAUGCCACGGGUGCCGAGCCGACCUAGCGGUAUCACACUUCGCUUGCGCAAUCCUGCCAACGUGUCCAAGGCUAAGCUGCCAUUCAGGCCAUCAAGCUCGGUCCGCGAUGAUAAUGUCAACGAAAGCGGUAGCAAUCAUGGCACCAGUCAUUCCAAAAAGGGCGAUGCCGAAGGGAAAGGCAAAUCCGAUAGUAGCGUGAGCCAAGACGUCGGCGAGGACGAAGACCACGAGGACCUAAGUGAGGAUGAGUCACCCGCCUCGGACAGCGAGGACGAGUGGGUCCCAGAAUCGAUCAAAGGUCGAAAUGCGAAGGACGAAGGCAAAAGGGGUGGGAUAUGGACUCGUCUCAGUAGGGAAGGCGACUCGGAGACCAGUGGGGAGGAAUUCGUUUCCCACACGGCUGAAUUCAGCGACAAGGGCGAUGAAGAUGGAUUUGCCCAAUCAAAGCCACAUCCCCCCAAGGUAACCUCUGAACAGGCCAAGCGCAAGAAUACGGGAAAGUCGAAGGGUUCUGAAGUGCCACUGCAGAAGCGCCGUCGGACUACACGCGCAGGCUCAGUCUACUCGGACGCAGAUGAUGACCCAGAAUUAGCGCCCAUCGUCCCAAAUUACAAAGCACCCGCUGAAGGCGAAACGUCGUUAGGAAAAUUGAAGGGCAGCAAUGACAGCCGCGGAAAUAAUCCACUGCAAAUGAGCGAACCAGAGAGGGGGGUCAAAAAGAUGAAGGCGGAGAGGAAGCGUCAAGCUCGGCGACAGGAGGCGCAGGAUGCCAAAGAGAUACGCGAGGCGCAACAUGCCGCGGAUGCAGCUUGGCAAGCUGUUCGCGCCAAGAAAGCUGCUGCGUCUGAUGCUCAGGGAAACGCCAAAAAAUCUUCAGACACCCCUUCCUUUUUUGGGGCCGAUGGCAUGGGAGCAGAUGCAAGGGUGAAAGGAUUAGCACAGGAGGGAGGAAAAGGAGAAGACAAAGCUCACGGCGCGCACACGUUAUCAUCUUGGCUUGGCCUCGCCCCAAAGACAUCUGAUCUACCCAUGCCGACCAGUUGUGCGUCCGCCCAGCUCGCUGAUAGAGACUCACUCUUCAUCGCGUACGUCUAUCCGCUCGAGAGCAACUCGCCGCACGUCCUCUCCGCCAUGUUGACCCAUUUAUCCAAGGUAGUUCACCCAACGCACGUUCCUGUCGACCUCCUGCCUCCCAAUUUGCGAGGAGCGCCAGCAGAGAAGCGCGGAUCUUCGCAUGACAUGUACGCCCUUCGCGUGCUGCAACUCAAGCCUGGCCGCAGCGGCACGGGUGGCCCGGAAGAUUUUGCGAUUACCGAGGACAAGGAAGACGAUGGAGAGAAGUGGGGAUCGCAACAUAUUUUGCGCAUCAUGCAGGAGGAAGGCGCGGUUGACUGUCUUUGCGUGGUUUCGAGGUGGUAUGGCGGGGUUUUAUUAGGGCCAGAUCGUUUCAAACACAUUGCAUCGGUCGCGCGAGCAGCUCUUCAGCAGUACCAGUUAGACGAGACGCUCAAGCCGCUUAUCGAGCAAUUACGACAGCUCGACAACGAGAUUGUGCUCCUGAAAUGCGAGCUCAGUGGCAUGGGCGCCAUAGCAUCGAGUCAGAGCAACAAGAACGCUCCUCCGAACUAUGAGGACAAUAUGUCUGUCGAAAAGGCUGAGCGACUGCUAAAUGCCAGACGCAAGCAGAUCGAGAUAUCUCAAAGAAUGAUCGCGCGCAAGCGUGAGGAGAAACACCCGCAUGACAGCCCUGUUCACGCUGCUCCUACCUCAUCAGACCCGUCGGCACAAUGAGACCGGAGUAGCUGUGUUUUGCACUGGAGCCGCGAGACUACUUGUGGGACUCCAUUGAGACAUUUUGUACACUGUAUCAUACAACAUUUCUGUACCAAUUACUUGUGGGCUU